AUGUCCCGCCGCGAGAGUUGUAUCUGGCACCCGAUGCCUGAGGAGGUGCGCCGCUCCUCCGUACAGUCACGCCGCGCGUCUCUGGCAGCCGGUCGUCGCAAGAGCUUGAACGGGAAUGCGCCUGACUGGGAGGUAGAGGCCCCGCCGACCCCGUUGCGCGGGGACUACAGCGCGCGUGAGAACGCUGCGAUGGUGCGCACCCCGCGCGAGGCUGCUGCGCCAGAGGCGGAGUCUUCCAAGCCGUUGCAAGGACCUGGCGUGGUGGCCCGUAGGGAUGUGGGGCUAACUGCAGUCGUGGAGGAGUCUCAGUGGAUAGAGGACGAGGAGGAGGAGGCAGCUCUGCAAUCCAGUGCGGAUCCGAAGGCCGCAAGGAAGAGUCGCACCCGCCACAUGGUGCGCUUCCACGGUGGUAAGUGGCCGAGGGUACUGCGCAAGCGCCGCUCCGAGAUUAUGUCCUCCUUCUUGGAGGACAUCAAGGACGGUGCGUCUGUCAUGGGCGAUGAGGCGAAGCGGCUCAAGAUUAAGAUGCACGACUGUAUGGAGGUGACGUUCGUCACUUACAGCGAGAGCCGUUCGCGUCAGAAGGCGAUUCACAUGGCACUCCAGCAGUACGACUUCCCAAAGACGUGUCAGCAGUAUACGAGUUUCGAGGAGUAG